AGGAAGAUGAGAUCAAGACAUCAUCUCUCUCUCUCUCUCUCUCUCUCUCUCUCUCUCUCAGCCCAGCAAAUUACUGUUCUGCUUCCAAAGCUCCGCUUCAAGGGCCAGGGUAGGUUUAGUAUGUUACCAAUUCUCUCAUCCGGAAAAAGUGCUGAGUCCAUACAUAACCGACAGAGUUUGAACCGGACGCAGGUCCAGAGGGUUGAUCCUCCUUUCUGGACUGGACUGGCUUAGUUCGGUUCCGGGUUGGUCAUCAAUCCAGGUUUGAUUUGUCUCUGUUAUGUCUUGGAGAGUGCGGAAUAGAAGGCAACGUGAGAAAUACUGAUUGAUGUCAGAGCCAGUGAGCCACGGGGGAGAGGAGAGAGUGGAUGCAAGGGUAACAAGGUCAGCAGCCUGGCACUAGAGUCUUUGUACCUACCAGGGAGAGACUUAGAGGAGGGUGGAAUCGUAUGUGCCUACUCUACUGACUCCGUAAGGACCCAUAUCAGAUCCAAUAAUAAGUCCGCGUUG